CAAAAAGUUCGAAUAGAAGAAAAUGAAAGUUCUAGACCGGGAGCUCAGGAAGCGGAGCUAAGAGGGAGUUCCCGAGAAAGAAUGGUCAGCCGGUUCUACAUUAUUAUAUUUUCCACUGCACUUUUGGCAAUUUUCUUCUCACACACAUUAAAUGCAAGCCAGAUCUAUUCAGAUGACUAUGAUACUCUAGAUUCAAGUCACAACAAUUCGGAGCAAUUUGGUAUUGAUAUAUCACAUGGAAGAAACAACUAUCAAGAUGAAUUUGAUUUUGUUAUGCCAGAUUUAAGGCAAAAUAAUUCACAAGAAUUUGUUAUUGAUGUAUCACAUAUACUGAAAAUUGAUCAAGAUCAAUUUGGUAUUGGUCCAUCAUAUUCAAAUCAAAAUAAUUCAGAGGAAUCUGGUAUAAAUAUACCACAUAUAAGGAAAUAUGAUCGAGAUGAAUAUGGUAUUGGUCCAUCAUAUUCAAGCAAAAAUAAUUCGGAGGAAUCUGAUAGUGAUAUAUCGCAUAUAAAGAAAAAUGAUCAAGAUAUAUCUGAUACUAGUCCAUCAGAUUUAAGUCAAAAUAAUUCAAAGGAAUCUGAUAUUAAUAUACCAUAUAUAAUAAAAAAGGAUGGCGAUGAAUUUGAUAGUGGUCCAUCAGAUUCAAGUCAAAAUAAUUCAGAAGUGUCUGAUAUUGAUAUAUCACAUAUCAGGAAAAAUGAUCAAGAUAAAUUUGGUAUUCAUCUAUCAUAUUCAAGUCAAAAUAACUCAGAGGAAUCUGAUACUGAUAUAUUAUAUACAAUUCAAAAUGAUCAAGAUAUUGAUAUAUCACACAUAAAGAAAAAUGAUCGAAAUGAAUUUGAUAUUGGUCCAUCAGAUUCAAAGCCAAAUAAUUCACAGGAAUCGAAAAGUCACACAUCACAUGUAAAGCAAAAUUAUCAAGAUGAAUUUGAAAUUGGUACAACAGAUUCAUAUCAAAAUAAUUCAGAGAAAUUUUUUAUUGAUACAUCAUACAUAAAGCAAAGUUUUCUAGAUGAUUUUGAUUUUGAUAAAAUUUUGGACAGCUAUGAGGAAGCUUUAGCUUUUCGGAAGCAUCUGAAUAAGAAAUACCAAAGAAUAAAUCCAGAUGUGACUGAUAUCAAUUUAAACAGGAAUUUUAAUCUGGACGAAGAGGUUACCAGACGGGAAGAACUGCAGCACAUUUUUGAAUUUAUCGCUACAGAAACGAAAAUGUAUGAAAUGCCUGAAGAAACUAGAGAUGAAUUGAUUGGGAAGAUUCAGGAAAAUCCAAAGUUUCACGAAAUUGUCGCCAGUUGCAAGAAGUCUUUACCGUCUCCAGAAUGUAAUUCUUCAUUACUCUAUAGAACAUUUGAUGGUACUUGCAAUAACUUAAAACAUCCAACUUGGGGCUCCAUAUUGACGUGCACAGAAAGAUUAUUGCCAGCAUAUUACAAAGGUUACUCGGGUUUUCCGGAAUCUGUCAAAGGUGGACCUCUACCUGAUGCUAGGAAAUUAUCAGUGAAUUUGUUUCCUGACAAAAUCCUACCAGCAAGAAACGUUUCACAGAUGUUUGCAUUCUUCGGCCAACUGCUGUCUCAUGAUAUAACACUUACACCGCCCUCAACAAUUGGAGGCUUACCAUUACAAUGUUGCCCCGAAAUCAAAGCCCUUCAUCCCCAAUGUAUGGCUGUUCCGUAUUCAACUGAUGACCCAUUUUUCUCCCAAUUUAAUUACACCUGUAGGAAUCUUGUGAGGAGUGCCGUGUGCCCUACGUGUACAUUAGAUCAAAGAAGACAUCUAAAUCAAGUAACCGCUUUCAUUGAUUGCUCAUUUGUAUACGGAGUGAAUGAAAAAGAAGCAAGCUAUUUAAGAACCAAUGACGGCACAGGAAAAUUACGUACACAGAAUGGAAAUCUGAUGCCAAAAGAGCUUGAUUGGGCGAAAGAUCUAAAUUGCGUAAAAAAGGAUAGAGAGUUUUGUUUCAGAUCAGGUGAUGCGAGAGGAAACCAGCAUACGAUUCUGGCAGCACUGCAUACCAUUUUCGUGAGAGAACACAACAGGAUGGCCACUGAAAUGAAACAACUCAACCCUCACUGGGAUGAAGAAACUACAUUUCAAGAAACGAGAAGAAUUCUGGGCGCUGUUAUGCAGAGCAUCACCUACAAGGAGUUCCUUCCUCUGCUUUUAGGAUCGAAUGUAAUGUUUACUUAUAAGUUAUGGCUCAAUAUUUCGCAAGAAAAUUCCACUCAGAAUCCGAAUAUUUUCAUUGAAUUUAAUACAGCUGCAUUCCGUCUGCACAACUUAAUUAAUACAAUUGUCGGUGAAAAUUCUACAUCAAACAGCAAACUUCUGAUGAGAGAUACUUAUGCGAUACAUAAGCCAAUUCAUGAAGGACGCAUUGGAACUCUUCUGGAUGGAGCUACGAAAUGCCCAGCCCAUAAAUUUGGCAGAUGGAUGGUGGAUGAUGUUACUAAGUAUAUGUAUAGGAAAGUUGGUACUUCCUUUGGUUUGGAUAUAGCAAGUACAAAUAUCCAGAGAACAAGGGAUCACGGCAUACCUCCAUAUAUUCAUCUGCUAUCCUAUUGCAACGAUAAUAAAAUUAAUAUAAAUAAUUUCGAUGAUCUCAUUCAAGUAAUGGAUUCAGAUAACGUAGAGCUAUUGAAGCAAAAUUAUAAGGAUGUUGCAGAUAUUGAUGCAUGGGUGGGAAUGUAUAUGGAGCACAAUAACGAAAAUGCAAUUCUGCCUCCUACUGCAGCUUGUAUAGUUGCUACCCAGUUCAAAAAUAUCAAGAAUGGGGAUAGAUUCCUUUUUAUAAACAGACAUCUUCCGACAUCUUUUACAUUAGAUCAGAUAAGAUCUAUCUACCAUAUGUCGCUUUCUAGACUAAUUUGUGACAACACUGAUGUGAAAGAGAUGCAAAAAAAUGCCAUGCUUUUUCCAAGCGAUGA